AUGUUUGGUUUUAUACAUGAAAGUAUUCGACAGUUAAUGAUCAGAAGGCAUGGUGAAGAUCUAUGGGCGGAAGUGAUAGCAAGAGCAGGAUUUGAAACUGGAAAAGAAAAUAUCGUUAAUCAUUAUUAUUCUGAUGCUGAUACUUACUCUCUGGUUGAGAGUGUCAGUGUGUUAACAAAAAUGCCUCGAGAACAAGUAUGGGAGUUAUAUGGAUCUUUCCUUAUUGAAUAUACUAUGGAAAUCGGAUGGGAUGAACUUGUCCGAAGUAUGAGCCCUAACUUAAAAGGUUUCUUAGAUAAUCUGGAUUCUCUGCAUUAUUUUAUUGACCAUGUGGUUUAUAAAGCUAACUUGCGUGGACCUUCUUUUCGAUGUGAAGAAAAUCCUGAUGGAUCUAUUAUCUUGCACUACUUCACCGGUAGACCAGGGCUUUUCGCAAUUGUACGCGGAGUAUUGAAAGAAGUGGCUAAACGUGUUUUCAAUAUAGAAAUAGCCAUGCAGAUUAAUGGAAGAACUCAAAGAAGUGUUCAAAUGCUCACUGGAGAAAGAAUUGAAGAGCAUGUCAUUUUCCAUUUGAAAAUUCUCAAUGAGACUCAUCCUAGAACGGUAAGUAUAAAACCAGAAAUAGUUUCGGAAAACGAAGAUCCUUUGAAAAUUUUGCCCCAUGACUUCUGUGCAGCUCUACCCUAUCAUAUCAUCAUCGAUGAACAUUGCAAAUUAGUUCAAGUAGGAAGUGAACUAUGCAAUCAUGUGCCAAAAGAACUUCUCGUUCCCGGUACACCCGUUCUAAGGGUUUUUGAAAUAACUCGUCCUCAAAUACCAUUGGACUUCGACAAUAUUUGUAACUUCAUCAAUGCUGUUUUUGUUUUACAAGUUCGCAUAUCACCAGCUGAGUUGAGGAAGAAGAAGGAAGAGGGAGGGUCUCCAGAAAAUAUUUCUAUCCACCCUGCUGCCUAUCAAGGAAUACAUCUUAAAUUGAAAGGUCAAAUGAUGAAACUUUCAUCUGAGAAGCAUCUGAUUUAUGUUUGUUCGCCCUACGUUACGUCCAUUGAUGAGCUUAUGCAAUAUGGAAUGAGACUGACAGCUAUGCCUUUGCAUGAUGCAACUAGAGAUUUGAUACUUCUCAAUCAACAGCGGCUCUCAGAUGUGGAAGUUAAUCUGCAACUUGAAGCUAACAAUGAGCAGCUGGAGCAAUUGGCUAAGGAUUUGGAGAUCGAAAAAAAGAAAACUGAUUUCAUUCUGAAAGACAUGUUGCCGCUAUCCGUUGCUAAUCAGCUUAUGACCGGUGAACCGAUUGAAGCUUGUGAAUAUGAUGAAGCUACAGUCAUGUUUUCGGAUGUGCCAGAUUUUCAACAUGUGCUCCCAUUCUGUCAACCUAAAGAUAUUGUCCAGGUUCUUAAUGAGCUUUUUACCAAGUUUGAUCGCCUCAUCUCUUUGCAUGAGGUGUAUAAAGUUGAAACAGUUGGCGAUUCCUACAUGACCGUAUCUGGCGUACCCGAAAAUCUACCGGAACAUGCAGAAAAGUUAUGCAAUGUUGCUAUAGGGAUGCUUUGGGAAGCUCGAACUGUCUUGGAUCCCCACACAAAGAAGCCGUUACAGGUUAGGAUUGGUAUUCAUAGUGGUCCUAUAGUAGCGGGAGUUGUUGGUUCACUAAUGCCACGGUAUUGCAUUUUCGGGGAAACGGUGAACGUGGCAUCAAGAUUAGAAGUUCAAGGAGUGCCGGGAAAGAUUCAUUGCAGUGAAAAGGCUCAAGCAUGUGCCAACAGAACUGGCCGUUUCGAAUUCAAACCAAGAGGCCGAUUACUCAUUAAAGGACAGGGCGAAAUGGACACUUUCUUCCUCAUAAAGAGUGUGAAAAAUAGCGUCUGGGAGAUAAUAGACAAAGAGCGAGAUGAGAACGUUCACAGUAUAGAAGGGUAUGAAGAACUUGAAGCUGGUCAUGAUGGGCUUGAAUUAACAACUCCUAAAAAAACAGAUCUACCGAGAGUAGCAGGCUUGAGAAAAAUUCAAAUAGUCUCGAAAGCGUGUACGAUUGCUUAG